UCUUUGUGGCAGCACAUCCUUUUCCUCACACACAACACUCUUUGCCUGCAAAUUGAUUGUGGUCUCUCAAUCCAAAAACAAUUUUUUUUUAUUCAUCCAGAAUUUUUUUUCUCCUAUCUUGAUACUUACGCAGAAUUUUAUAUUCACCGCCCAGACAAAAUGAGCGAAGAUUAUACUGAAGCCCCACUUGUCAGCGCUGAGCCCGAUAUGAUUGAAAUCAAAUUAUUCGGGCGUUGGUCAACCAGCGAUGUUCAAGUCUCUGACAUUUCAUUGACGGAUUACAUUGCCGUCAAAGAAAAAUAUGCUCGAUUCUUGCCACAUUCGGCAGGCAGAUAUGCAUCGAAACGAUUCCGUAAGGCUCAAUGUCCAAUUGUUGAACGUUUGACAAAUUCAAUGAUGAUGCAUGGCCGUAAUAAUGGGAAAAAAUUGAUGGCUGUUCGUAUCGUAAAACAUGCCUUUGAAAUUAUACAUCUCCUGACUGGUGAAAAUCCAUUGCAAAUUCUCGUUAAUGCAAUAAUCAACUCAGGACCACGUGAAGAUUCAACUCGCAUCGGUCGUGCUGGUACUGUUCGUCGACAAGCCGUCGAUGUUUCACCACUUCGACGAGUGAAUCAAGCUAUCUGGCUUCUUUGCACAGGAACACGAGAAGCUGCUUUCCGUAACAUCAAGACCAUUGCUGAAUGUUUGGCCGAUGAAUUAAUCAAUGCGGCUAAGGGUUCUUCUAACAGUUAUGCCAUCAAGAAAAAAGAUGAAUUGGAACGUGUAGCUAAAUCUAACCGAUGAAAAAUGACAACAAUAAUCAUGAUAAAUUGUCUCCGGAAACGAAUAAUAAUGUUAUUUUGUUCCGGUAUCGAAUUUGAAUACAACGCAAAAUGAUUUGUACGAUUUUUUCCUUUAUAAUUAAUAUCAUUAAAAAAAAUUCUUUAAAGUCA